AGCUCGAGGCUCAAGAAUCGCAAUCGCACAGUUGUUCUCGAAAGAAUGCAAUACGCGGACGUAUCGUGGCCGAACUUAUGAGGGCGAGCUAAUAUUUCUUAACGAUUUCGUUUGUACCGAUACCUGAACGCGAACGAUUCGUAAUCUCAGCCGCGGGUGAGACACAAGCGCGUAACCGUGGAUAAUUGACGGAGCCAAUAUACCAGAGGAUAUAAGUGACAGCGACGACAGUUGCAAUAAAUAAGCCGUGGCUUCUCGCACGUACAGAUUCGCUAGAAGCUUUCCUCGAAGCCAAGAAGAAAAGUGCGUGUACCGUGAGUGAAUAGAGUGCCUCAACCCUGAUCCCUGGCUCCUUUAGAGUCGUUGACAGUAGCAGCCCUGAUUUCCUGCGAACAAUUUUCGCUGAUGACGUGCCGUAGACCGGCCCAAGGGAUUACAAAAGUGUUGCAUGCUGCGUGCUAGGACAAGAAACGAGGGUCUCUCCUGUGGUAUUUCGACCGUCGAGGUGGGCACCGACGAGACUGUGGAACUACCUAGAUUGGCGGUAAAUACACAAUUUAUCGAUAGCGUGUAUCCUCUCCAGUGCCGGAUUAAGAUUUUCUCAACCCCUACGCUACAGAUGAAAAUUGAAACGUCCCAGGACAUGACGUAAAUAUCGUGGUCGAAAGCGUAAGGACAUACGGCGCCAUGAAGAUGAAUCUCGCGCCGUAGUCUCGUCGCUUGCGAUGUUAGUCACACAGACGCCCUCCUCGAUGGACAAUCCGCCGAAUAUGAUGUCGGUAGUCGAGGAGGAGACGAAUGCCGAUAUCGACGAUGCGUUUCCGCCGCACGUCGACACGACGAAUAUCGUCAUACUGCCGGAGUCGCCUACCAGCAAGAAGCAAGCGCUGAAGACCUUCAACGAGGUCAACGCGCUUCUCCAAGCUGGCAGAAAGAGGGAGGUUAAGCUGAUCAUAAGGGAGAACGCGUGGCCAUUGAACAACGGAAUCAGGGCGCAACUCUGGCCUGCUCUUUGCAAUCAGCAUGCGCACGGCAAGAACAUGCUCGAUGGCUUCUAUUGGGACAUGGUCAACCAAGUGUUUGGGACUACAGAGCUGCCGGAAAAAUCAAUCAUGUUACCGCCGUUUGUGGACAGUACUCAUUGCCUGUCAUACAAUCUAACAAGAAAAGGCAGGAGUGUAGCAGACAGGGUUGUGUCUGUGCUGGGAUACGCCUGUCCCGAUAUCACCUACAGUCCUUCUCUUUAUCCCAUUACAGUGCUUCUUCUUCACUUUAUGCCAGAGGAGGAGUGUUACCAUUGCAUGGCCAGUCUGGUCGCCGCUAAGGACAAGAUGUUCAUUACACAAACCAAGCUGCUUUACGAGGUUACCUGGAAAACUGUAGAGCAAAUCACCAAAAAGCACGUGAAAUCAGCUGCUGUACAUUUAGCGAGGCACUGUUCUGGAUCAAGAGCAGAAAGGAUCUACAUGGAUUGGAUCUGGUGGAUUCUACAGCUUCUUCCAUUCCAACAUCUAGUCAGGGUUAUGGACUGUUUUCUUCACGAAGGUAUCAAGGUCUUCUAUCGAGUAGCAAUGGCUAUAGUUUUAUUAUUCUAUAAGCACUCAUCGUUGCAAAACUCUGAAUGGAUGAAUGAGAUUUCUAAGAACGGUAUUGACGUUGCGUUGUCGAAGUUCUGCAGGCAAAUACCGGUAACACCAGCUAAAUUUCUACGUACUGCGUUUGGGAUACGUGGACUCAGUUCUGCAUACAUAUCAAGGGUAUUUUUGCGCACAGAAAUGGCUCUUAAAAGUAGAAGCGUUUUAACAGGAUCCAGAUCGUUGGCUAGAUCACGAUCCACGGACAAUCUGCCUACGAGUCAAUCUCAAGUCAACAUACAGAUGAUGUCGCACACACUCACGAUACGAGAAAAAGAGUGUGAAGACACAUACAAAGACAGGGGUGCACACAGUCCUGGACCGCGUGCUCUAUCAAUGGGCGUUUAUCCCAUACAAAGCAUAUGCUCCCAGAUUCUAGACAUGCCUGAUUUAUUCACAUUAUGGUCCUGGCUGCCGAUGAGAAUCACCAUGUAUCAACCAAUUUUACUAUACACCACAGAAGAACAUGGUUGUUCGCUAACAACAUUUUAUGUGAGAGUGGAGCAGCACGAACCAACCCUGCUGAUGAUAAAAACGUGUAAUAACGAAGUGUUCGGAGCCUACUGUUCCACAAGAUGGUGCGAACGCAAUCUGAAAAACGAUAAGGGACAAAGACAAGCUUAUUUUGGUACUGGUGAAACGUUCCUGUUCAGCUUGUAUCCUGAACGAGCAAAGUAUCCUUGGAUAGGCAUGGACACUUCACACACUGACGCAAAAGUCCAUCAUUCGGCUGAGCUAUUCAUGGCAGCAGAUUCCAAAAUGAUAACGAUUGGUGGAGGGGAUGGGCAAGCGAUAUGGAUGGAUGAGAACAUCAGAUUCGGUAAGACAGAUCGGUGCUCCACAUUCAACAAUCCACCUCUUUGUGCUAGCGGCGACUUUGAGAUUAGGGUGCUAGAAGUAUACGGUUUCGCUGGUGCUUGAGGAGAAGACAGGACUUGGCACUAUGAUGUAUCAAUUUAUUUGAUUCCCUACUGCCAUUUAGUAACUCUCUUCUAUUUAUAUAUACAGAGUUGUAUACGUUAUAUACAAAUAUCUUCGCGUAUGUGGAAAGUAACCAUGUUCUCUAUGAUGCGGUAUUAUCGUAAUGCAUCCUCAAUCGCUUGCUGGGUGCUAGUAUUACCGUGCGAUUACUCGAUGUCGAAGAGCUAUAAAAGGUUUUCUACCGAUUGAGAUUAUGUAGAUUUAUCUCGAGUUUUGUUACGCUUCUUGUUCGAUUAUUUGUCUUGACUUUUGCAAAAAAAAUGACUAGACGAUUUUUACGUUCGUCAAUUUAUUUUGCUAAGAACGAAACGAGUACAAUGGUUGCUAAAUGCGAAUUUCGACAAUAAUCAGCGUUGAGUCACCUUCAGUUCUAUGCAAACCUUGGUGUCCCAAUAUGUACAUAUGUAAGAAACAAUUGGUUAUUUACGUGAAUACUUAAUAUUCAUUGGAUUAGAUGCUAUCAUUAUAUAUUUAUGUAUGCAUACAAGGUGAGCUUACGCGCGGCUUGAAUCACCUAAGAUGGAAAUUCCCAACUAGCUACGUUAUUUUUGGGAACUCGAAUUUCAGUUUUGAAGGACUCAUUAACUAUACGCGUAUAUGUCCGUAGAUUAUUUUAUCGUAUCCUGUCAUUAAUUCUGCAGUUUUGUUAGCAAUGCUCGUAUACAUGCGUUAACGUCUUGUAUUGUUUAUUUACUUUUAGUAUCGUUGUUAAACGGAGAACGCUUGAAAGAAUCGAACGAAAGCCUAUACCCAGGCGUUAACCGUGUAUGUGUAUACAUACUCGUGUAAUUUCCUAUGAAUACUAUAAAUAUUAUUGUCCCCUUGGUGAUUACACACGCAAAUCAUUCAUAUUCAUAUGUCGACAAGCAUCGUGAUCAUUCGUGAUGAGAAGCUCGAAUAGAAUGGCAGGGGGCGAAUGGUACUUUGUAACAACGACAUAUUUUUUUUUUAUUUUUCAUUGAUUAUUACGUUAAAAGGGUAGCGUUAGUCGAGUUGACUGGUUAACCUAUUAUUUCAACCAAUUACAAAGCCAUAGUUUUUCAACAUAGUACGUUAAGAAUUUGUAUAUUUUAUAUAUGUAAUUGGUGUUGAUAGUAUACCAGUACAGGUGGGGAUAUACAUACACAGAAGACACGAACAGUUUUAUUUUGGAUGUGUAUUUUCACGCGACGCGUUACUUUUACAACACACUUCGGGCAUUCUGAAGAAGCGUUAUUAGCGUUACUGUCGUUAUCGUUUGUCUCUCUUUGUGAUCAAAUCUAUAUCGAUGUUGUACGGUACACGAUUAACUCUUAGAGUACCUGCUUCUGUGUUUAGUUUCUUGUUGUUAUUUCUUUUUUUAUUAUUAUUAUUAUUAUUAUAAUUAGUAGUAGUAGUAGUAGUAGUAGUAGUAGUAGUAGUAUUGAAAUGAAAGACGAAACGAAGAAAGAGUGAGAUCGAGCGUGUAUGGAACUAAAGGUGUCGAUUUAGACCCCUUGGUUGUGAUGCAGAAGUGGCUGGCACCACUUUCGUCCAAGCGAUAAUGUACACUACCUGUAAUGUUUGCGUAGGAGGAUCAUAUAUCUUUCACCCCACUCCCUCUUACUUUGUCAUGUUAUCAGUUGUAGGAUAACGUAUCACGAAUAAUGUUACAUUAUUCUUAUACGAUUGCGUGUUACAUUUGUCGUCAAAAUGUUAAAGCACUUAAGAGAACAGAGCCUAAGAAUCGUUUCAUACAUUACUCGAACCAUUUCUCAUUUCUGCGUGCUUUACGCAUAUCAUGUUCGUUAGUUCUUCUUAUCGGCUCGUGCAAUUCUUAGAGACACAAACGAAUGGACGAACAAUGUAACAAUGUACAAUCAACGCUAUGUAUGGCGCUAUUGAACUCAAUUCUAAGUGUAACAAGUUAUAUCAAAGUUAGCGGUUGGAACUUUUUUCCCAAUUUACAUACCUGUUUAAAGAGAUUCUUGUAUCGUCAAUCUGUUACGUAACUCGUACCGAAGUCUCCUUACAGAUUGAGAAAAGAAAUAAUUGUAGAUUGUAGCGAAUUUUACGUUUAAUUCUCUUUUGGACGUUUUACAAAGAUAUGAUAUUACGUAAAACUGGCGUAGAAAAAAGGGAACACUGCUGAUCUCACCCGAGAAGCCAAAGUAGGGUAGCGUUAAAUGUAUUCGUUUUACAUUGUGGAAAAUCUGUAUUAGGAUAUUCGAAUCGAGUUGAAUCACUAAUUUUCUUAAGUGUAAAAAGUAUCUUCCGGACAAAUACUUUAGAAUAUUUUACGAAAAUUUUACGAAUAUACAGCUACAUUGGUUGAAAAAUAAGAAAUUAGUUUCAGAAUGAAGGAAUGAGAAUUGAAAACAACUAACAGAAGCCUAUGAACGAUGCAUGUGAAAGUGCAUUUUGUACAAUAGAGGGUGUCCCAAAAAUGUUGGAGGUCCUUGAAAGGGAUGGUUCGGGGGGUUAUUUGAAAGAACUUCUUCUUUAGCGAAAAUGUCCGAGACUUCGUUAAAGAGAUAUUAACAGAAAAUCCCGACCAAUCAGAGCGGGAGUAUGCCGGCGGAGCGCUCGCGGUAGUGUAGGUUACGCGCUAGGCGACUUAACGAAGUCUCGCACAUUUUCGCUACGGAAAAGUUGUUUCAAAUCACCCUCCGAACCACUCCUUUCAAGGACCUCCAAUAGUUCUGGAACACCCUGUAUAGAGAAUAGUUGAAGAAAAGGGAAUCUGCGCUCAUAGUUUCAUUCAGUUAAAUUAUUACAUUACUAAUUCAUAUUUAUAUCACUCAUAUGUAACACGUUUAUUGUUAGAAUCAAGCUUUUUCAUUUCUACGCCAUUUAUCCUUUUCUUGACUAUUCUAGGAUUCUCACGAAAAAUACUCCGCGAACAAGUAAUUGGAAACGCUGCUAGUACGAAAGGAUCGUAUUCGUGUGAUAACUGUAAACGGAAUAAGUGAAUAUUUAUUUAUUGUAUAUCCGUAAUUGAGAAAAAGAUGAUGUGCUGAAAAUGGAAAGUAUUAUUGUUCAAAGUUUCUAACGUAGCACAGCAUAACAUAAAUUUACGCUAGGAAAUAAUAUAUACAUAUUACAUAUAUACGGAAAUACAUAUAUAUGUAUUAUACAAAUAUGCCUAUAAACGACGAGAAAUGAAAAUAAACAUAAUUGAAUGGAGUGUUUUCAAGCUUUCCGCAGUGUUGUUAUACUAUAUUACAUUAUAUAUGUACAUAUACAUAUAUACAUAUAAUAAUACACAUAUAAUAUAUAUAAUGUAAUAUAUAAGUAUAUAUAUAAUGUAAGUUGUACCGUUUCCGCAGAGAAAUUGUUGCCUCUCGAUGCUACUUUAUCAUAUCAUCGUUGUGAAUAGAAUAUUGUUAUACACAAAUUUAUUGUCCUAUUUAUUUCUUUUACUUUAUGAAGGAUAUCUCAUACGACAUUAUUAUUAUACACAUAUGUUGCAUGUGAUCCAAAGAGCCAAUAUGUGAAAUUAAUUAUAAUGUAAGAUUCGUUUAAAAGUAUCGUACCAGUAAAAUCCUUGGAUUUAAUGACUUUAUUAUUUAUUUUAUAUGCUUCAAACCAUAAAUGGCUUAUACAGCAUACAAUAGUUGUGAUAAAUACAAUUUAGUUACGUCAAAUUCUUAUAUUACAGUCUUUGAGAAAACUAUAAAUAAUUUUGAACCCUCUAAUAUCCGGUUCACUCAAGGAUGUCCUGAUACAAUACGGAGGACGAUAUUCGUUACUGAAAAGCAUAUGGAACAAAACUUCACGCUGAUCAUUGUGUUCCAGGCACUGCCAAACAGUGUGGUUCAAAUCUUGAGACUCUGCUCCGCAAUCACAUUCGCCGUUUGAGAUAAACAUAACACUGACUAAAGAGGCGUUUAAAUUAUAGUGAUUGGAGCGGCUCCUAUUAACGAAUGUUAUAAGUCUCUAGAGAGUUUGUGACCAAUGUACCAUGGUUUGGACACA